AUGCGCCUCGCUAGAAGGUACUUGGAUCUUAGUGACAUAAAUGCCCGAGUUGUUGCCAUGUUGAAGCAUGGUGUUCACUUGCGUGCUCUCAAGCGUCAACCCGCCCCUGCCAAGGCGUACCGCCGCAAACUAGACUGUGGUAGCACCGUUCUCGGAGAGGGUUCGUACAGUACUGUAUAUCUGGCCACCGACCGGCAGACACUCAAGGAAUAUGCAAUCAAGGUCUUAGAGAAGAAGCAUAUUAUUAAAGAGAAGAAAAUCAAGUACGUCAACAUCGAAAAGAAUACGCUGAACCGUCUCACCGAACAUCCCGGAAUAGUCCGUCUCUACUAUACAUUUCAGGACGAGACCUGCCUCUAUUAUGCCCUCGAUUUCUGCAGUGGUGGAGAGCUUCUUGGCGCUCUUAAACGAACCGGCACUUUCGAUGUUGAGUGCGUACGGUUCUACGGUGCCCAAAUUUUGGACGCUAUCGAAUAUAUGCACUCACGCGGCGUGUUGCACCGUGAUCUCAAACCCGAGAAUGUACUUCUUGACGAUCACAUGCAUAUUAAGAUCACCGAUUUUGGUACUGCUAAAAUGCUUCCAGAUCCCAGAGCAUCCAAGCCUCAUGAUGGAAGAGACCGCGGGCUUCCCGAACGCUCCCAGCUAGAGAAAGAUGAGGAUGGCCGAGCCCCCUCGUUUUUUCCCAUGGGCUUCCCUCCAGCUGCCCAAGACCUCGUUGAGCGACUCUUAGUCUUAGAUCCUGCACGCCGUCUUACGAUUGAGCACAUCAGGAAUCACGAAUUCUUCGAUGGCCAGCAGUUCGGGAAACUACUCUGGAGGAGCAAAGCACCGAGGCUGCGCCCGUUUGUCCCCCAACUCAGGAACCUCGGAUCAUUCAACUAA